AUGAAUUGCUCUCGUGGCACUGAAGCCUUACAGGGAUGUUACUCAGGUGGCAGGUGUUCCUCAGGCCACCUGAGGCAGCACCACUGCCUUACCUGCCUGCCAGGUUAACGAAUGAUACCUGUGAGUAGUACGGAGACUGACCUUAGCCCCCAGACCACCACAUGGAUGGCUUAGAGGCCCUCAUCCGCACCCUGACCACCACCACCACCCGCAGAGCCACCAAGGAGGUGCACCCUGGCUACUCCAAGCUGCGGGUUAAGAUGGCAGAGUUCCAGGUGGAUAACGGGCAGCCAAUUCACCUGAAGGGUGGCGUCAUUGACAACGUCCUCUUCAUCUCCACCGUCGGCCUCACUGCUGUUGGCCUGGGAAUGUGUCUCCAGUUCUUCUAUUCCAUGGCCUUCCCCCCCAAGAAGCAAUAGAUUCUGACCCUCUUCGUUCCCCCACCAAACCAUUCCCCAAGCAGUUAAAGCCUAUAUGUUCAUCCCCAGCAGUGAAUUCUUCCCUCUUACAUCCCCUACAGUCCACCCAUACAUUCCCCAUUUCCCCAAGAAGCAAUAGAUUCUGUCCCUCUUCCUUCCCACGAAACCAUUUCCCAAACAGGCUGUUCCCUAAAGAAGCAGUGAAUUCCACUCUAUUCCUUCCCCAUUUACCUGAUACAAUAGAUUCUGCCUUCAUCCUGACUCACUUUUAUCAUUGAACCAAAAUCAACUCCAGUCCACCAGAAUGACCCCACCAAAAUCAGCUCCACGAGUCUAUUAAUCUCUCUAUAAAAAAGCCGCGUCUCCUAAAAGAAAGUCUGUACAUCACCCCAUUAACCUCACCCUCCUCCCGUCCCAUCUCAUGUCAGGCUGCCCACCAUCAUUCCUCAUACCCAGAGUGAUGGAAGUGUGGAAUGUCACGUCUCUUAUCUUUCCCCCACCCACACACACAGAGAGGAUUGUAACGUUCGUACUGUACAUAAUGUUUUUAGGUGCCGUGUAUUAAUUUAUGAUUCUGCUGUGACCAACGGACGGAUCAGUGUAAUAAAGUUGGCCAACAAUAAAAAGAUCUACAGAAAGUAAGA